AUGGCACGUAGAUCUGAGAAUUCAACCAACUCAGUUGAUGAAAUGGCUCAAGCUAUUCAACGGUUGGUCGAUGCAAUGCAACACCAACAACCACAAGUAGUGCACGCACCAGUGCAACAAAACGGUAUGAACGAAUUCAUGCGUCACAAACCACCAAAGUUCAACGGUAAAGCAACUCCGGAUGAGGCAGAUGCAUGGAUUAGAGAGAAUGAGAAGAUCUUUCGGGUGCUCGGGUGCACUGACGAACAAAAGCUGGAGUACGCUACAUUUUUACUUAAUGGCGAGGCUGAGUACUGGUGGGGAGGUAUGCGACAGAUGAUGGAAGCUCGCAAUGAGGUCAUCAGUUGGACAAGUUUCCGGACGAAAUUUAUGGGACAAUACUUUCCAGAUAGCGCCAGACAUGAGAGGGAAGCCGAGUUUUUGAGGCUACUACAGAGAGAUAAAUCGGUGCAAGCUUAUGUUGAUCGUUUUGAAUAUCUAGCUCGAUUCUACUCUCAGAAUAUGAGCGAAGAGUGGCGGUGCAGAAAGUUUGAAAGGGGCUUACGUCACAAUAUAAUGAAGGUGAUAGUGCCUAUGAGGAUCAGAGAGUUCCCACUCUUAGUGGAGCAAGCAAAGACAGUGGAGCAAUUAGAGGUGGACCCAAGUCGGGUUAUGAGGACACAUCAUAGCAGUAAUGGCAGGGAGAAACGACAGGAGAAACCCUAUAAUAAACCUCAACGUGAUGGACAGGGGACUGUGAAGUGUUUCGAAUGCGGAGGAGACCAUUAUCGACGAAAUUGUCCGAAAUUUUCGAGAGCGAAGCCGGAAGAGAGGAAGUGUUUCAUUUGUCGUAAGCCGGAUCAUUAUGCGAACUCUUGUCCUGAGAAGGGGAAGUCCGAAGUGACACAACAACCACAAAAGACUCCAGAAGAGAAGCCGAAGGCAGCAGGAAGGGUGUUUGCCAUGUCGGGAGCUGAAACAGUUGGUGAUAUGUACGGGGCAAGGUGA